AUGGACGAGUGCACGUGCUUCGCGCGCGACGCUAAAACAAAGGGCGCGCACGACCCGCGGCCAGAGACAUCCCACCGCGGCGGACCACCUACAAGCACCCGCCUUCAUCCACCCACGGACAACUAUGCCCGCGCCAGGGGUGGGGCGGCGCGCGGGGCAGCGGCGCGCGGCAGUCUCGCCCAAGCAGCGCGCGCGUCCGUGUCUGCGACGCGUCGAACCAAAACAGGGGCCCGUUUA